UUCUUCAUUCCCCUGAUGGAAGAAGAGAAAGAGGAGGCAAAGAAAGCCAACAUCAGUUUUGGUGAUUUCUUGUUCGACCACCUGGCGCUUACAGGGGGUGACAUUGUGGAGACUCCUGCCCCUCUACAAACCACACCCCCAAUGGAGACUGAGCCAAACAACACUCCUGAGCCUGCUCCUGUUGAGGUCCAGCCUUCAGAGCCUCAUCCCUCUGCCUCUCCUAGUAACCCAAAAGAGAGGAAGAAGUACAAUCGGGAAUUCCUGCUGCGUUUACGCUUCGUCAGUGCCAGCAUGCACAGACCCGAGGGUUUUCCGGACAUCCCCGGCGUCGUUCUGGACAAGGUAAACAUGACAGUUAGUGACAUGACGCUCUAUAGGAGCACAGUGCUUUACUCAGUAUGAAGCGUCAGGCUAAUGUAUCACUUUUUAUUGCCCUGGAGCAGGUCGAGGACCUGUAAGUCUCACAAAGGGAACUUUAAAACACCAGAUAGCUUUAUUAAUUGCAACAUUAAAGUCUGGAGUAUCUGAGGGUUGAUCAGUCUUUUAUUUGGUGCAUUAAUUAAAGUCACAGCCUUUCAGUUUUAAAUAAACAUUUCAAUUGUUUUUGUCAUCUCUAAGCAGUGUG